UGUCCCCCUCGCCGCGCCCGCGGCCGCCGCCCCCUCCUCCCCCGGCACACGCGCACGCAGGUGCAGCCCUCGCUCUGCCGGCCACCUGCGCGCGGACGCCCCUCACGCCCCCUAGACCCUGCACCGCCCGACUUCUGGCCGUGCCGGCCGGGAGGGGACGGGUAGGAAGAGGUGGCGGGCGGCCCCAGGCGCGGCGCUGCCUUCGAUGGCCCAACCCCCCUAUUCACCAGCCGCGGCCGUGACUCUGCCCGGUGACGUAGGGAGGCCGAACUUUACGUAACCCGCCCGGCGCCCCACGCGUGCCGGCACAGGGCAUACCUGGGGCCCGGAGGCCCAGGCUUGGGGAAGGGGCUCCAGUCACGGGGUUGCCCAUGGGCUGCAGCCCACCCUCACCGUGCGGCUCUCUUUAACUCAGUUACUGCCAGUGAUAGUGACCCAGUCAGUGUGUGUGGACGCGGCCUGCCUUCUGUCCCAGGCCCCUUGUGACCAAGGGCUUACCCUUGAAAGAAGGCAGUAGGGAGCUUGGGACGGAGCCAGAGGUCAGACGCCUCUGCUCAGGUCGGGGCUGGGGACUCAGAAGGCAGGGUCAGGGCUCAAGCUCGAUUCCCUGUGGGUUGGGGGUCCCCACCAAUUCUGGAAUGAGCCCAAACUGAGACACAGGAGACCUGAGUUCUAGGCCUGGCUCUGCCGUGGCUUGCUGACCUUGGAGAAGCUUGUGCCCUGCUGGAAAGUGGGAUGGCAGUACCCGCUACAUCUAGUAGUUGGGGAGAUCAAGAGAGGUAUGAGACCUGAAGAGGAUGGCAGACUAUGCGGUGCGGUGCACACCGGUCUCCAAGUUGUUUUCAGCCUCCUGUCUCCUCCCAGGAGCUAGGGGUGCUAACCUAUGACGCUGAGGCUCGGCCAGGGACAGUGAUAGACCCACAUCCCCGGAACUAGGUGAUUGCGGUGCAGGAACCAGGUGUGCCUUCGCGGGAUCCAUGCCUUGAGGCCCAGGAGCGUCCCGCCGCCAGCAUGCCGUGGGACGCGCGGCGGCCUGGGGGUGGCGCGGACGGCGGGCCCGAGGGCCCGGGCGCGGCGCGCUCGCGGGCGCAGAAGCAGUGCCGCAAGUCGUCCUUCGCCUUCUACCAGGCGGUGCGCGACCUGCUACCCGUGUGGCUGCUGGAGGACAUGCGGGCCAGUGAGGCCUUCCACUGGGACGAGCGCGGGCGCGCCGCCGCCUACUCGCCUUCUGAGGCACUGCUCUACGCGCUCGUGCACGACCACCAAGCGUACGCGCAUUACCUGCUGGCCACGUUCCCGCGGCGCGCGCUAGCACCGCCCAGCGCCGGCUUCCGCUGCUGCGCGGCUCCCGGGCCGCACGUGGCGCUGGCAGUGCGCUACAACCGCGUGGGCAUUCUGCGCCGCAUCCUGCGCACCUUGCGCGACUUCCCGGCGGAGGAGCGGGCGCGUGUGCUGGACCGGCGUGGCUGCAGCCGCGUGGAAGGCGGUGGCACGUCGCUGCACGUGGCCUGCGAGCUGGCACGCCCCGAGUGUCUCUUUCUGCUGCUGGGCCACGGCGCCUCGCCCGGCCUGCGCGACGGCGGCGGCCUCACGCCUCUCGAGCUGCUGCUGCGCCAGCUGGGCCGCGACGCCGGGGUCACUCCCUCCGCCGCCGGAGCCCCGGCCUCAGCUCCAGGGGAGCCGCGCCAGCGCCGCCUGCUGCUCUUGGAUCUCCUGGCGCUGUACACCCCGGUGGGCGCCGCCGGCUCGGCCCGCCAGGAGCUGCUGGGCGACCGGCCGCGCUGGCAGCGGCUGCUGGGUGAGGACAAGUUCCAGUGGCUGGCGGGCCUGGCGCCGCCCUCGCUCUUCGCGCGCGCCAUGCAGGUGCUGGUCACCGCCAUCUCUCCAGGCCGCUUCCCCGAGGCCCUGGACGAGCUGCCGUUGCCCCCAUUCCUGCAACCGUUGGACCUCACCGGCAAGGGCUAGGCCCGGAGCAUCCUACGCGCUGGAUUUUGGGACAAAACUAUUUUUCAGAGCGUUGUACCCGGCACUUUAUAUAUAUUGAUCUCUGUACAGCA